AUGACUCCGCCAAAGAAAGCUAAGGCUGUUGCAACAAAGAUGACGAAAUUAAAGUUGUUGCACCGUAGGCGGACCAACGUAUUAGGUUCCGCUGAACUGAUAAAAUCGUUCAACGAACAAUUCGAUGUCAUGCACUGUGAUCAAUUGCCGGUGCGCAUUGAACGUCUUGAUGCAUUGUGGCGAGAAUUUGAGGUGAUUCAAGACGAAAUCGAAGUUUUAGAAGAUGAGGAAGAACAAUUUUCGGAUCUGCGAAAGGAGUUCCAGACCAUGUAUUUUGAAUUAAAGGCAUCCUUGCAAAGCAAAUUACCUCCUCGCCCAUCGACGUCCGUGACGUCAUCGGUGCAAACGCAGCCUAUAGCCCACAUUAGGCUGCCUGAAAUUUCAUUGAAACAAUUUUCGGGUAGAUUCGAUGAUUGGGUUUCGUUUCGUGAUCUUUUUGUGUCUUUGAUUCACAACAAUCAGCAAUUGAGUGCAGUGCAGAAACUGCAUUAUUUGCGAGCAACACUUUCCGGUGAAGCGGCUGGAAUAAUAUCGUCGCUCGAAUUGUCGGCUAAUAAUUACACCGUUGCUUGGACCAUGUUGAAGGAGCGGUUUGAGCACAAAACCUUCUUGAUAAAGAGACACAUGUCCGCGCUUCUAGCACUUUCUCCAGUAAAGAAGGAGUCGUCUGUAAAGUUGUCGGAAUUGGCCGAUGAAUUUGACCGUCAUGUUCAGCUGUUAGAUAAACUUGAGAAUGCAGUUGAACACUGGAACUCGUUCCUCGUCGAGCGCUUGAGUAGUUGCUUGGACCCCGUAUCGCUGCGCGAAUGGGAGACUCAAGUUACUGAAGUUGACAAACCAACAUAUAAGGCACUGCUUGAGUUUGUACACAAAAGAUCCCGAAUUCUACAAACGUUAUUGCUCUCCCAAACUGGCUAUACCCAAACCGAAUCGAAACCCUCAAAGCCUCGUCUCACUACCGCCCACGUUGCUUCAGAUAAUGUGCCUAAGUGUCCCAGUUGCAAGCAGGCACAUUUGCUGUUCCAGUGCGACCAGUUUCGCGCGUUGCCACCACAGCAGCGUUUUGAGUUCGUGAAGAAACGUGGACUUUGCAUAAAUUGCCUCAAGGGCACUCAUCUUGCAAAGGAUUGCUCCAGUGGUUCCUGUAAGAGCUGCGCCAAGAAGCAUCAUUCCCUGCUGCAUUUGCAACCUGUUUCGGCGCCCACGGCGGCUGGAAAUUCGGCAGCAGGAACUAAUUCAUUAUCUGGAGCAUUCCAUUCGCAUCUCGAAUCGUCGGUCGGUCACACCCCUCCGGUUGGGUUUUCGGUUGCCUCACCACUUGUCGCUCCGUCGUCGUCGUCGUCGUCGUACACGCAUUCGUUUCCGAUCGGUAUAGCUCCCUCGUCGCCGGUAAAUUCGUUCGGUAUCGUCAAUCCGCCUCCUGGCCCCUCCUGUAAAAGUGCAGAAGUGAACACACAAGUGAGAAAUAAUCUAGUGAUGUUGUCAACGGCAGUUAUCAAGGUUAAGGAUGCAGACGAUAAAUAUCAGUUCGCUAGAGCUCUACUGGACAGUGGCUCUCAGCCCAGUUUCAUCACCGAAGCGCUUUGUCAGAAGCUUCGACUGAAGCGCAUCAAGUUAAACUCGCCGGUCAGUGGGAUCGGACAAUCUACCCUCACCGUGCACCACGGUGUGAUGUUAUCGCUCGCCUCUCGUUUCGGGGAAUUCAAAUACAACCUGGAUUGCCUAGUGCUGCCAAAGCUUACCGUAUCGCUGCCUAGCCAUCAUAUUGACGUUUCGCGUUGGAGAAUUCCACGUAAUCUCCCGCUCGCCGAUCCGCAGUUCAACGUCAGCCAAGGGGUUGACAUCAUUAUUGGUGCUGAGCUGUUCUUCAAUUUGCUUGACAAUCAGCAACUUUCGUUAGCAGCUGGCUACCCGAUUCUACAGAAGACUGUGCUAGGAUACAUCGUCUGUGGAAAAGUUGCCGAGCCAGUCUCGGAACCAACAGUCACUCAAUGCAGCCAUGUCUGCGCAGAAGAUCCGCUCGAUUCUCAGCUCGAGCGUUUCUGGGAGAUCGAAAACUUCGAUGACGGUAAGGCUUUCACUUCUGAUGAACAAUUCUGUGAAGAUCAUUUCACCGAUACCGUUUCUCGUGAUCAAGAAGGACGGUAUCAGGUUCGUCUUCCGAUGCGGCAGGAGAUGCUUUCGAUGUUGGGAGACUCGUACACGCCCGCAUUGCGGCGAUUUUUGUCGAUGGAGAAGAAGUUUGUUGCCGAUGAAGCUCUUCGCCAAGAAUAUAAACAGUUCAUGCAAGAAUACGACAGGUUGGGCCAUAUGGAGGUGUUGUCGCGCGCGUCGUGUAGCCCACAGUUUUUCCUACCCCACCAUGCCAUCCACCGUCCAGAAAGCUCAACCACAAAGAUUCGAGUAGUGUUCGAUGGAUCUUCUCGUGGUUCAACCCAGCUUUCACUCAACGAUGUUCUCUAUGCGGGACCAACAGUACAGCCAGCCCUGUACUCUACUGUCAUCAAUUUUCGGCUGCCUCGUUUCGCCAUUACUGCCGAUGUGGAGAAGAUGUUCAGACAGAUUUUGGUCCACCCCGAGGAUCGUCGCUACCAACAAAUUCUAUGGCGGAAUGAUCCAUCAGAACCCAUUCGAACGUACCAGCUGCGAACCGUUACUUACGGUCUAGCUAGUUCACCGUAUCAUGCUACGCGAAUUCUAAACCAACUAGCUACAGAUGAAGGAGAACGCUUCCCACUAGCGGUUCCGAUCAUUCAGAAAGGGACGUAUGUCGACGAUGUCCUUUCCGGACAUGACGAUCAUCAAAUAGCCAGAUAUUCGUGCAAACAGUUGAUGGAAAUGUUGCAAACCGCUGGUUUCGUACUCAGGAAGUGGGCUUCCAACGAUCCUUCUAUUCUCGUAGACGUUCCUCCCGAGUUAUGGGACUCUUCCCCAGAAUUGGAAAUCGAUCGGUCGUCCGCUGUAAAGACACUUGGACUGUUAUGGUUUCCCCAGCCGGAUACUUUUAAAUUCAAAUUUCCCACAUUACCAGAACUGGGAGUCGUCUCAAAACGAAUCGUCGUAUCGGAAAUGGCUCGUUUAUUCGAUCCACUUGGUCUACUUGGCCCGGUGAUAAUGAACGCUAAAAUGUUCGUGCAACAACUAUGGGCGGAGAACUUGCCGUGGGAUAAUGAAUUGUCGGAGGAGCAAAGUUUGUGGUGGAAGAAAUAUCGCACGGAUAUUCAUCAUCUCCAAUCUGUAGAAAUCCCUCGAAGAGUGCUUGUCAAUGCCAGUCGUCAAUACUCUCUGCACUGUUUUUGUGACGCAUCUAAACGAGGCUAUGGAUGUUGUGUCUACGUAAUCUCGCCAGAUGAUACCGGUAUGCUCCACUCCCGACUGCUCACAUCGAAAUCUCGUGUCGCUCCAUUGCGAGGGCAGACGAUUCCAAGAUUGGAACUCAGCGCCGCACUCUUGGGAAGCCAGUUGAUGGACAACCUACAAAGAAUGACCGAAUUCAAGGGUCCAGUUACAUUCUGGACAGAUUCAACGAUAGUGCUUCACUGGAUAAAGUCUCAAUCUAGUUCGUGGAAAGUCUUCGUUUCAAAUCGAGCGGCGGAAGUUCAACGGUUGACAAAAGGAUCACAGUGGAGACACGUUCCAACCGAAAUGAACCCUGCAGAUAGGAUUUCUCGGGGCUCACUUCCAAGUGAUCUGCUGGACGACAAAUUGUGGUGGCAUGGGCCGAGUUUCGUCACGACUCCCGUUGAGCAAUGGCCACAGUGCGUGGUUUCGCUGCCGGAUAACCACGUUAUCCAAGAAGAAUCUCGAACCGUCGUCGCUCUUCAUGUCAGCCACGCUGAUUCAACAUUCUGCGACAGAUUUUCGGAUCUCGCCAAGUUGGUUCGGACAGUAGCCUACUGUUACCGUUUCUACAACAACUGCAAAUUACCGAUCAGUGAGAGGAUCACUGAAGCUUUGGCUUCUAGCAACUGCCAGUUCGCUCUGAAGAUACUCGUUCGCCUAGCACAGGCUACCGCAUUCCCAGCUGAAGUGCGAUUGUAUCAAAACAACCAACGAUGUGUAGUGAACUCGAAGGAACUUGGCUCCAAAUCACUCCUUAGGAACUUGAACUGUUUGAUGGACGAUUUCGGUUUGCUUAGAUUGGACGGUCGAUUGAGAUACAAAAACGCACCCUUUGACACUCGUUUUCCGAUGAUACUCCCAGCGGACCACAAGCUUACCUGGUUGAUUGCUCGAUCACUCCACGUUCAGACACUGCAUGCUGGUCCUACGCUGCUACUCGCUACUAUUCGCCAACGGUUCUGGCCGCUCCGGGGUCGUCAUCUCGCUCGCAGGGUGGUACGCAAUUGUAUCACUUGUUACCGGUGCAAUCCUCGAUGUAGCAACCAGCAAAUGGCACCACUUCCAUCAGUACGUGUUACACCUGCUCGAGCAUUCGCAUACUCUGGGAUGGAUUACUGUGGGCCGUUUCUCGUUCGUCCGUUGGUUGGAAGGGGAGCAUCGGUGAAGAUAUACGUCGCGCUUUUCGUGUGUCUAGUGGUGAAGGCCGUACAUCUCGAGGUUGUCGCAGACCUAACGUCGGUCGCGUGUGUUAACGCCGUGAAACGCUUCGUGGCACGCCGCGGCCAAGUGUUCGAAUUACACUGCGACAAUGCGACUGCUUUCGUCGGGGCAGAUCGCGAGUUGAAGGCUGCGCGUCAAGCCUUUCGCGAACAGUUUCGGAGCAAGCAAUGGGACGAAUAUUGCACAACUAGCGGAAUCACGUUUCGCUUCAUACCUGCUCGGUCGCCCCACUUCGGUGGGCUAUGGGAGGCUGGUAUCAAGUCCUUCAAGUACCACUUUCGCCGCAUCAUGGGCUGCAAGGCGUUCAACAUGGACCAACUGCUAACCGUCGUAGCCCAAAUCGAAUCCGUUCUCAACUCCCGUCCCUUAGCUCCACUGUCCGACUCCCCAGACGACACAUCCGCUCUGACCCCAGGUCAUUUCCUAAUCGGAGAACCACUCUUUUCCAUUCCAGAGCCAGACCUCUGCGACUUGGACACCAAACGCCUGUCACGUUUGCAGGAUAUGAAACGAUCCGCGCAGGAUCUGUGGCGACGGUGGUCCAGGGACUACUUGAGCCAGUUGCAGCAACGUUCAAAAUGGAAGAAAGAAACUGCAGACGUGGAGGUUGGUCAAUUGGUACUGAUGAAGCAGGACAACACCCCAUCCCUACAGUGGCCUUUAGGUCGUAUCACUGAAACGAUCGUUGGGCCAGACGGUCAUGUUCGCGUGGUGGUCGUGAAAACGGCUGCAGGAACGUACAAACGGGCAGUCACCGAAAUUGCAGUGCUUCCCAUCGACGAAGAGAAUUCUCAGUUGGCAGUUGAAACGGACAGUUUCAACGGGGGCCGGCAUGUUGGCGAUUCUAUCUCAGCAACCUGA